AUGAAUUUUGGAAGCCUCAAGGGUCUCAACAAGCUACAUCUAGGAGGCAAUCAACUCCGACUUGGGAAAGCUCAUGACUUGAAUUUUCUUGAUUCUUUGAUCAAUUGCAGUAGCUUGCUGGUACUGGAUAUAAGGAAUAACCGUCUCAGUGGUGUGUUGCCCGACUCGAUGGCUAAUCUUUCGACCCAACUGACAUGGCUGAAUAUUAAAAGUAACAGGAUAUUCGGAAACAUCCCAUCUGGGAUUCAGAAUCUUGUUGGACUAACAGCACUGAUAAUGGGGCAGAACUUUCCAACAGGUAAUAUUCCCAUUGGUGUUGGGAAGCUUAACGAGGUGGAGGAACUUUUUUUGGGUACAAAUGAAUUAUGGGGGCAAUUUCCAUCUUCCUUGGGCAACAUCUCGCGACUGUAUGAACUCAUUUUAGAUGGAAAUAAUCUAAUAGGGAGCAUACCUUCAAGCCUCAGAAAUUUUACAUACAUGAAGUUCAUAGACCUCCAAAAUAAUAAUCUUAGUGGAAGCUUACCCAAACAACUUUUCAGCUUUACCUCUUUAAUUGAACUCCAUGUUGGAAACAAUUUUUUUACCGGUAACCUGCCAGUGGAAACCGGCAACUUGCAAAGUCUCCAGACACUGAAUGUUGCUAAUAACAAAUUAUCAGGAGAAAUUCCAAACUUGUUAGGCAAUUUUCUUAGCCUAGAGUAUCUCUGGUUGGAAGGGAACUUCUUUCGAGGAUCAGUUCCUUCAGCCUUUAGUACUCUACGAGGCCUUCAAUCCCUAGAUCUUUCAUGUAAAAUCAUGUCUGGAAAGAUUCCACAAUACCUGGAGAACCUUUCUGCAUUGCAGUAUCUAAAUUUAUCUUUCAACGAUUUCGAGGGUGAAUUACCAAAACAAAGGGUCUUUGGAAAUGCCAGUCAAAUUUCAGUACUCGAAAAUAGCAAGCUUUGUGGGGGUAUUCAAGAAUUGCAAUUGCCAGCAUGCUCUCGCCAAGUUUCGAAGAAAGGGGGGAAUAUCUCUUGCUUCAAAAGUGAAAAUCUCGAUAAUUAG